GUCGCUGCUAGCUUUUUAUGUUAGCAGCUGAUUCGAAGUUACGUAUAAACAAAUAAACAAAGCACUGUCAAAAUAUAUAUGUAUGGUAUAUUUUGUUGAUUCUAAUAAAAAAGAGAUAUAACUUAUAUUAAACGAAAACAUUAAAUAUAUUAAGAUAGUUAAAACCCUGUUCCUUAACUUGUUACGAAAUGGAAGAGUCUAACGGAUUGAUUUAUGGCUUAGAACUGCAAGCUCGAGCCUUAACUCCGCAAUACGGCGAAGGAAAUGAGGUGCGCUUUUUUAUAGCGACAAACUCUUUAAAACCCACCAAUCAAGUACAUUUACUGGAGUUUAAUGAAGAGCAAGCAAAUGUAAAAUCGAAGAUCUACGAACAUUCGCUUGGCGAAGUUUGGAAGUUAAAUAGUAGCCCACAUGAUGAAAAUUUGAUUGCUUCCUGUUACAAUGUACUUAAAGGAUCACAAGUACAAACACAAGCGGCAUUGCUUGAAAUGCCUGCGGAAGUGGAUGAACAAAAUUUAAAAAUGGAGUUUCUACCUUGGCAGCAAGUUGAAACACUCGAUACUGAGAAAUAUGGUGAUAAAGUGAAAACUGUUGAAUUUCAUCCCAGUCAGAAAAAUACUUUAGCUUGUGUAGUAGAUGGAAAAGUUGUCAUUUUUGAUCGUGCUGAAUCGCAGACGCGUGUUGUAGCAGAAGCUGCAGCACCAAAUGCACAAAAGAAUUCACCUUCUUUCACCACAGGCAAGUGGUCUCAUCACCAUCAGGGACAUCAGUUUUUUACUUUACACGAUUGUAGUGUGCGCUCGUUUGAUAUUCGUGACACGCAACACUGUGCAUGGUCCAUUGAGGAUGCACACAAUCAGCUUGUUCGUGAUCUGGAUUGCAAUCCAAAUAAGCAAUGCCAUAUUGUAACAGGCGGUGAUGAUGGCGCAGUAAAAGUGUGGGAUUGUCGUAUGCCAAAAGAAGCAGUAUUUUCACGUAAUGACCACGCUCAUUGGGUUUGGUCGGUGCGAUUUAACACAUUCCAUGACCAACUAAUAUUAUCGAGCUCAAGUGAUUGCAAAGUUUUGCUGACAUGUGCCGGUUCGGUAAGCUCUGAGGCAUCUAGUGAUGCAUUGCCGGAGGAACGUCGACGUGUACUUUCAGAUGGUUUAUUACAGACUUUUGAUCAACAUGAAGACUCGGUUUAUUGCGUUGAGUGGAGUAAUGUAGAUCCUUGGAUUUUUGCGUCGCUGAGUUACGAUGGCCGUGUUUUAAUUUCAAAAGUCCCAAAGCAAUACAAAUAUCAAAUAAUAUUGUAAAUUAUAUUUUAUAGAUUUAUACAUCAUUUGUAUUGUCUUAUUCUAAUUUUAAAUAAAAUACAUUAAUUUAAUACUAAAUUACA